GGCCCCCACGCGCACGUUCCUGUAGACGGCUGCAUCGUCAGCCCCGCUGUGGAGGUCUUCCGAGAAGGCAGCAACAGCGGCUAUGGCUUCUUCGAGGCCCCAGUGCGGCUCCAAGGCUUCUGCAGUGUGGCCAUGUUCAACAUGAACCCGCGCGUGAGCGAUAGCCCGCUGGAUGCUCCCCGGGAGUUCAAGGCCUACUGCCACCAGGUGAAGCAGAAGUUCCGUGCAGUUGUCUUUGCUGCGGCGCAACUACGGGCGGAGGUUCUCGUUUGCCCUGAUGUCGGCUGCGGAGUCUUCGGAAACGACCCCCAGGUCUUAGGGACCCUCUUCGGCGAAGUCCUUCGUGAGCCGCUCCCCGAGGGAACGAUCAAGGAGGUGCUGCUGACCGGCCAGGUGUCCUUUGCUGAGGCUGUGAAAAAGGCGGCCGCCGGCGAGAAGGUGGAGCUUACUCCUCCCUCGUACUUUGCGACGGCCUACGGCGCAGUGGAUGGCAUUGUACCGUAUGACAGAGGUGGUGGAGGGGGAAGGCAAAACUCCCGCGGGCGCCAGCCAAAGGGCGCGCCAUACGAUAGGCCGAACCCCACGGUGGUGGUAGCG